CGACGUGGAAGUUGCUGGCUGACCUGGUGGUGAGGAAACCGCGUAGCAGGCGCAGCCGGGGGCCACGGCGAGCGGAGGUGGCGGCGCCGCGGCUCGGACGGGAAUUGCUGCUGAGGCCGAGGCCUGUCUUUGAGGAUUCGCAAGGGCGGACAGGCGGUUCAUCAUGGGUGGCUUCUUCUCAAGUAUUUUUUCCAGUCUGUUUGGAACUCGGGAAAUGAGGAUUUUAAUUUUGGGAUUAGAUGGAGCAGGAAAAACCACAAUUUUGUACAGAUUACAGGUUGGAGAAGUCGUUACUACUAUUCCUACCAUCGGAUUUAAUGUAGAAACGGUGACAUAUAAAAAUCUUAAAUUCCAAGUAUGGGACUUAGGAGGACAGACAAGUAUCAGGCCAUACUGGAGAUGUUAUUAUUCAAAUACAGAUGCAGUUAUUUAUGUAGUUGACAGUUGUGACCGAGACCGAAUUGGCAUUUCCAAAUCAGAGUUAGUUGCCAUGUUGGAGGAAGAAGAGCUGAGAAAAGCCAUUUUAGUGGUGUUUGCAAAUAAGCAGGAUAUGCAGCAGGCCAUGACUCCCUCAGAGAUGGCCAAUUCACUCGGGCUCCCUGCUUUGAAGGACCGAAAAUGGCAGAUCUUCAAAACAUCAGCAACCAAAGGGACUGGCCUUGAUGAGGCGAUGGAAUGGUUGGUUGAAACGUUAAAAAGCAGACAGUAAUUCAGUCCCUUCGGCUCCUCUGAAAUAAGGGCACAUCACCUACUGCUUUGGAAACAGUCAAGUGUUCUUUACACUACUAAAUGUUAAAAUGAUAAGAUUGUUGGCAUCUACUGAACUGACUGCAGCUGCGGCCAUGUUGGUAAUCAAUAUGAAAAAUACGUAUUUGGUUGGAGGGGUAACUCAGUUAAAUCACCUAAACGUGCUGUGUAACGUAAAAUACUCCUCCCUUGCUUUCUCGUGGUAAGGUAUAGAUUCUAUUUGUAUGGAUUCUUAUUCAAAUAUAGUCCUAUUAAAGAAUGUACUCUUGUUGGGGGAAAAAAA